UUUGUUAGCAGACACAGUUCACUGUUUUAGUUGCCAAGCAAGACCUGCCUUGGAAUUCCUCUUGCCUCUGUGCCUGGACUAUAGCAGAUUUCAUCCAUUUUAAACAAAAUGAAAGAUAUUCUUUUAUGGUUUCUUGGUCUGCUCAUUAUCGGAAUAGUGUCAGGUGAUAGUUGCUCUCUAGGGAUAUCUCCCUCUAGAGUAGUGGUGAAAUUCGGAGAUCCGGUGUCGGUCAGCUGUGUUGCUUCUCGUCCGGUACGCGAGCUGGGAUGGGAUUCUGUCAUUGGUGGAUCACAUAUACAGCAUGACCUGAGCGUUCAGUGGCGGGUGGAUAGCUUGACUGACUGGAUCGAGGAGCCGAUCUGCUAUGGUGUGUUUUUCACCGCACCGAGGCAGUGUGAAGAAAAACUAAACCUUGUGCUAUACAAGAAACCAGACAGCGUCUCUAUAAGUGUGGUGAAUCACACCAGUCCUUUGGUGGAGGGAAGAGAGUACCAGCUACUGUGUGAAGUGCAGAACGUUGCACCCGUUCAGUACCUCGCUUUACGCUGGUACAGAGGCCAAACUGAGGUUUACAACCACUCCUUCUCAGAGUUAUCACCUGCUACGCCCGUCCAGGUGUCAUCCACCCUUCUGAUCGUCCCAACCAGAGGUGAAGAUGGAGCUCAGUACAGAUGUGAAGCGGAGCUGGAACUGGGAGCAGAAGGACCUCAACCUCCUCCUACAGUGCAGUCAGAUGUUCUCAGCAUUUCAGUUCACUAUCCCCCUGAUUUCUCCAGUCCAGGGGAUGAGAUACUGGAGGUGAAUAAUGGUGAAGAAGCAGUGCUAAACUGUGUCGCAGUGGGCAACCCCCCUCCUGUGUAUACCUGGAGCUCCUCAAACCUCCAGAAAGUUCAUAGUCAGCCAGUUCUGACAGUGACAUCCUUGGGCCCAGGGGCUUAUACAUGCACCGCAUCCAAUAUCCUGGGGAAAAAGAGCAAAGAGUUCAUCAUCAAGCACAAAUCCAAAGGUGUUUAACUCCAGAGACCUUGAGAAGACAUGAAAGAUGCACAGAUCCACACGUGCGCUCAGGACUUUCUGAACACGCAUGUUUAAAAUGUAGCUUGACUCUAGAAUGAUCCAUCUUAAUGCCUUGCUUACUUACAUUUACAUGUUAUAUUUAGGACUCUCUUUAUUCAGGGGUUUUGAUUUGUUAAAUAUGAGAGUCAAACCUUUUUACUUGUUAUGUAUAAAAUCAGGUUUGUGUUUCAUGACCAGCUGUGAUCAUGGUUUUAACAUUUUAUUUUCGUUUUUAUAAAUAUUCAUUUAACCAAUAAUAAAAUAAUAGAAUGAA